AUGGCUUCCCCGGCGGGUCAACAGCAUUUCUCCUCGCCCCAGGACCAGCGCCAGCAACCUCCCGGUGGCUUCCAAUAUUAUCAAAACGAACACGCCAAACCGCGCAGCUUCAGUGUUGGCUCUGAAACUUCCAGAAAGUCCCACAAGUCUCAAAAGAGCUCAGCCUCGCAAAAGGAAUACGAGACAUCGGCCGAAAAGGAAACCCAUCGUCUGCACUCCAAGGCUGACCCGCUCGUCGCCAUGUAUGAGGCAGAACCAUCAAUGGUUGCCGCCAUGGCACCAGACACCAAUACGGCAUCAUUGCGUUCGUUUCAGCACAAGGACAUUCAAGGAAAUCCUAUCGCUGACCCCGAUCGUUCCAAUCCCACUCGAUCGCGCUGGGAGCGACCGCUUGAUACUAUUCGUAGUUUUGAAGCAGCUAUCAAUGGGGGCUAUCAGCGUCGCUCCUCUGUCCAACGGGAUGAUGCGGCCAACUGGAAUCGUCGCACCAGCAUGUCGACUUUCCAACAACCUCGCUUCCCUCAAGAUAGCUACUACGGCAACAGCCGUCCCGGCUCAUUUCGCGACCCCUACACUGCUCCUAGCACUCGUCGCAACUCGGGCUUCUUUGACGGCCAAGGCUUUCGCCCUCCUCGCAGAGAAUUUGAGCAGAAUGUCUAUCCUUUACCCAACAAGGACAGAUCCUACGAAACUGUGACUUCGGCCGCCAACAGCGGGCAUACGGACCCCGCUGGAUAUCAAACCGAUCCUACAAGUAGUGACAAUAGUUCGAUCCGGCGCGCGUCCCCGGCCAAGCGCCAGGAACCCGUCAACGACUAUGGCAUUGGCUUUGCCCACCAGUCAUCCAAUCUCGCCUUCCAACACUCGCAGCAACAGGCGCACCCGCUCCCACCGCCCCCUGUCGCCGGUCACGAGCCAGCGCCCCCUGUUCCACGCAAAACCAGUUUUCUGAAGCGGCAGCCUACCGAGGAAAAGAGAAAGAGUUGGCUGUCGCGUCGUUUUAGCAAGAAGUAA